GCUUUCUUCCUGUCUUGCCUCCUGUCCCGCUUCCUGCCUCGCUCGUUCCCUGCACCGCUUUCACUCCACCCUCGGCGCUAUCCACUUGCCGAGGGUAUUGUCAUCCGGGACUGACUGGCAUUUUGUUCCACUUGCCGGUCUCGAUCCAGCCCAGUUGCCCCAUAUGCGUGCUCAGUAGUAAUACAUGUUCGCUGUCGAGUGUCCUUGGAAUCAGUGCUCAGCGGGCAUGGCCUUGCCUCAAUCAGACUCGGCCUGGAUCACAUCCCAUUGCAUCCCUUCAAUUCCGGCGGGCUGCUAGAUGCGCUCCCCCCCUCCCUCACCAUCGGAUUCUGCCAUCGCUGCCCUGCAAACUUUAGCCAGAGCGCAAGCGGGUCCAGAUGAAGCCAUUUCUGUCCCAGAUCACUUCAUAUCCAUCCUUCGAGGACCCGGCCAAGCAUAUCGCGUUCGAACCGCCGCGCUUUCUCACGGCCGGUCAAAGUCUCUCGAGCAGCAGCCAUGUCGAAACCAUCAGCGCGGCCUGCAUCGAGCAAAGACUUGACGGCCUGCCGCUCGAGAUCUGCGAGACCAUCUUCGUGUAUGCUUCCAACCCGCAGCUGGCUCAUGUCUGCCGACGCUUCCGCCGCAUCUCGCAGUCGGCCUGGAUCCGAGCACGCUUUCUUCUCCAAAAGUAUCCGACGAGCGCGCUCGCAAAAUGCUGGGGCUAUCCGUUCAUGCGUGCCCUUGGCGACAGGCCCUGUCGGUGCGGAGACCGUAAAGUUCAAGCAGCCGGGCUCGCUCGCAUCCACCCACGCCUUGGCGGCAGUUUGCUCAAACCAGAUGUGUGCCCUCUGGAACAGCACCAGAUCAAGGUGUGCUCGUAUCUGAUCGACUUGGGUGCCGGCGUCGACCGAGGCGGACAGCAGUGUCUCCGGCAUGCUGUCGCUGAUGGACACAUGUGCCUACUCGACUUUUUCCUAUCGCUCGGGAUCGACCCGGAUGUGCAACUCCUUCCCAAGAUGACGAUCGCAAAGCGCGUCCUGGGGGUGCUCAAGCCCCAGUCCCGCUCUUUGGUUGUGGACGAGGCCGACCCUGCGGUGGACGACGCUGGCCCGGCUAUGGAAGCGGCAUUCACUCCCCAAUUCGGCACAGCUGGUCCAGCAGCCUCGGUACAGAUCGUGGUCGAGGUUCAGGAGGGCCCAGGACCGAGCGCCUCUCAUCCUCCACAACCACUGCCAUUACCUCUGCCACCGCCACUGCUGCUGCCCGCACCGACACAGGUCGCCUUGCCUGCCGCUCCUUUGGCCCGGAAUUCACGACGCAGGCCGAUGAAAAAUACCCUUUUGAUCCAGGCCGUACAGAGCCGGAAUGUCCCACUUGUUCGCAAACUUGCAUCCAAACGGCAUGUCAUCCACAGAUGCACGCUGACUCGGCCCCAGCCGACCGCCACGCAGGACACUGCUGCUCCGUCAGCCAGCACCUGGGCCGAUCCUACCUCGACACUGAUGCACAACCCGGCAUCGCUCGAAUCACCCAAGCCAGACUUGCGCAUUCGGGUCUCUCAAAUCCACCCGCUGGCUCUGUCCGAGGCUCUCGAUGUGGCUCUGAUGGCGAGAAGUAUCCAGAUUGCCGAAAUUCUCGUGUCUGAAGGUGCUCGAGCCACAAGCCGGACAGUCCAGAAGCUCAUCCGACGAGGCACGGCAUGGCGUCUCACCCUUGGAGUACGCGAGCGGUAUUCCGGAGCCCUGGUGCUGGCGAUUCAAACUCUGCCGGAUUCUGAGUUUCGACGGCUAGAGGGAUUCUUGAUGCGGUCGUGCGCUGAGAUUGGGGCAGUCUCGGCCGUAAAGGCCUGUGUCGACCGCGGCGGCGAUGUCAACGUCUGGGACGGCAUCCCGCUCUACACAAGCAUCUAUAACGGCAACCUCGAAGUCAAUCGAUAUCUGUUGAGCGUCAACGCCACCACCGACUACUUUGACUGGCGACAAAAGCUGUUUUGUCUGACCCUCAUGAGCAUCGAGGCCUUUGCCAUCGCGCUGUUUCUCAUCCUGGCAUUUAUCUGGAUCACAGGCGUCGUCUGCAGCCUCGGUCAAUGGGUUGGCGUCACCCCCGCAACCGGAAAUCGCCUCCUGAGCGGGUGGGGCGGUGAUCCCGGCACAACCAUGGCCGAGCUCACCGCCAUGGCAACACCGUCGGCGCUGGCUCUUAUUCUGAUGUACCGUCUGGCGCCCUUCCAUCGGAUGUGCAUCGGAUUUGUGUGCACCUGUCGCGAGGACCGGCGCCGGAAGAUCAUGCGACGACGAAACAUGACCACUCCAACGAUAGAAUAGAAUCAAAGGGCCGACUCUGGGCACAUGGCCACUUUGUUUUUGGUUUGCUUUUUUUUUUUUUCUUCUUCUUCUUCUUCUUCUUCCCAAAACACAGAGCCAUAAGCUGUUCCGAUCUCGAUUUCGUGCUGGGGGAUUGCGCAUUCUAACGGCGUUAUGAGACAGAGAUCUAUUGUGUGUGCCUGAUGAGC